UCCAAAAUCAGACUCGUUCGGUUUCUUCUUCGCAGGUCGCCUCGAGCGGAGCGAAGACGACCCGCGGAGAGAGGCCAUGGCUUCCUCUGCCUCCGGGCGAGGAGGACGACGACUUCUCUUGCCGGCGGUGGCGGUGGUACUAGUACUAGUUGGGGCGGAUUCAGCGGCGCCGUGCUACCCGCGCGUGUUCAGCUUCGGGGACUCGCUGGCGGACACGGGCAACUACGGCUUCUUCUUCGGCAACGACUCCGGCGAGCCUGCGCUCCGGCCACCCUACGGCGAGACCUUCUUCAACCGGGCCACUGGACGCUUCUCCAACGGCCGCCUCGUCCUCGACUUCAUCGCGGAUACGAUGGGGCUGCCGUUCGUUCGUCCGUACUGGGGCGGGAGAAGCGCGGAGGACUUCGCAUGCGGGGCCAACUUCGCGGUGGGCGGCGCCACCGCGCUCAGCCCAGACUACUUCAGGGCCAGGGGUUUCGACAUAGGCGACGGCCGAGUGCACCUUGACAUGGAGAUGAAGUGGUUCCGUGACCUUCUCAACCUGUCCUGCCCCGGCGAUCUCUCCGGUUGCUCGGACAUGAUAAACCAAUCCCUCUUCUUGGUUGGAGAAAUUGGGGGCAAUGACUACAACCUGCCUCUUCUCUCCAGAGUGCCUGUUGAGAAGAUCCGCACCUUCACUCCAAGCGUUGUUGCCAAAAUUUCUUCUACAGUCACUGAAUUGAUUGGGCUAGGAGCCAAGACUCUGGUGGUUCCUGGGAACCUCCCGAUUGGGUGUGUCCCGAAAUAUCUAUUGAUAUUCAAGAGCGAUAAGAAAGAAGAUUAUGAGCCAGAGACAGGUUGCCUCAGGUGGAUGAACGAGUUCUCACAGUUCCACAACAAGCUUCUCAUGGAAGAGCUGGAGAAGCUGCGCAAGCUUCAUCCUGGUGUGACGAUCAUCUAUGCUGAUUACUAUGGAGCUGCUAUGGAAAUUUUCCUUUCCCCUGAACGAUUUGGGAUCGAGGAUCCCUUGUCAGCUUGCUGCGGUGGAGAAGGACCCUACGGUGUGUCGCUAACUGCAACUUGUGGAUAUGGGGACUACAAGGUGUGUGAUAACCCAGACAAGUAUGGAUCAUGGGAUGGCUUCCAUCCAUCAGAAGCUGCAUACCGGGCCAUUGCAAUGGGCCUGCUACGAGGUUCAUACACACAGCCGUCAAUUGCUUCCACCACCAGCUCAUGCCCACGGCUCACUGAGCUCAGCUCUUCUGUUGAAUACAAGGUCCUCUAUGAUUUAUAGUUCUGUAACUACAUUUAGUUUUUAUUGUCAUAGAAAUACUUGUGAUUAAAGUUUUUCUUUUGGGCGCGGACAUAUGGUUAAAGAUGUAAUGGUUGUGACAUUUUUUGCCUGAUUACAGAACCGCGGUACUGUACUACACUUCACGGCUGUUGCCCAAGUGAUUGGUUGGCUUUUGUUUUA